AUGGACAACGAUUUAAAUCGGUCCGUGCGUCUCCUAGAAGAUGCUCUAUCCACCCCCAGCCGAGGCCUAUUCAAAAAAUCCCUAUCUCAACAUUUCAACGAGUCGAAAGAUCUUACUUUAAUGCUUGCACCCCACGAAUUACAAAAGCUCAAAAGCGAUCACUAUCUAUACAACGAAACUAUGGCCGAUUUACUGCAUGGAGAUACUACCUUAACGGGGAGUGUUAUACAGAAUGAGGCUCCAUGGAAAGGCACAGUCGAUAAUUUGUAUAUGGAGUUUUUCGAGGCACUCCAAGGAGAUUCAGCAAGUAAAGAUGUUCUGGAAAUAUUAGCAGAGCUGGCACGUUGUUGCUCAGACACAUUGAAAGUUGUGCGAAGUCUUCAUUCUAAAGUUGCUCUAAGUAGUAUAGAUGAAGAGAAUUGGCUUGAAAAAGAAAGGGACACUUGGAAACUGUUGUAUAUUUUAUAUCAAGAUAGGUUCAUGGCCCAAAACUUGGUAGAUGAAGAUAUGCCAAUACAGUAUUUUGGAAAAUCUGAGAAAAAUUGUAUGGAAAGCUUAUUCAAAAGGGAAAGCUUAGUCAGAGAAUGCCAGCUAGUUAUUGAUUGGCUAGAAUCACAAACUUGUGAAAAAGAUGACAAAGUUCUACAUUUUUCGGAUUCAACAGUCGGCUGGGAAAAUACACUGCACCAAUUACAGUCUUCUGAUACUAUUGCUUUUGGUAGUUCAAGACAAAUAGUCUAUAAAUUAGACCCAGAUGCUCCACACUAUCAAAAAAAGCCACUUCAUGAUUUGGAUAACGAUGAUGAACAAAGACUGAACAGGCAUCUUUUCGAACAAAUAAGAUAUGGGAAACUAGAAGAGGCUGAAAAAUUGGCAAGGCAAUGUGGGCAUGGAUGGAAAGCUGCUAUUUUGGAAGGAUGGCGUUUAUUUCACAAUCCAAAUAUCAAGGAAGAGACUGAUAAUGAGGUUGAUGAUGGUUAUGAAGAGAUGGAAUUAAAUGAAUUGAAAGAUAUUGAAGGGAAUAGUAACAGAGAUGCUUGGAAAAUAAUGGCGAUUAGAUACUGUAAACAGGACUGGAUAAGUAAAUACGAAAAAGCUUCCAUAGGCGUUUUUUGUGGUUACAUAAACUCCAUUUUACCUGUAUGUAACACAUGGGAAGAUUUUCUAUGGGCCUAUAUGAAAUGCAUGGUCGAUAUUAGAGUAGAAUCAGAAAUAAGAGACUGUUGUACAAAAGACAAUGGAUAUUUACCUCUUCCUGAUGAAUAUUGGAUACAAAGAACGUCAUUAAAUGAUGUUUUUACAACCCUGGAAUCGUCUAAAAAUAAAACGGUGCGUGAACAAGCCAAAGAACGCGAACGUAUCAUCCAGAAAUAUAUAAUUCUGGAUGAAAUACCGGCUCUUUUAAGGGAUUUAGAAGAAUGGGUUGAAGGAACUAAUGUUUCCACUCAGUUUCUGAGAUUCGCAGCCCAUUUGGUGUUAUUUCUUGACCAGAUCGGGCAAGGACACAAACAAGUUGGAAUAGAAAAAGUUAUUGAAGCUUAUAUAAAACGUUUAAUGCAAAUGAAAGAGACACAGUUAAUUGCUUUUUAUGUAAACAAACUGAGCCCUAGCAAGCAAGUGCACAUGUACGCCCAAUAUUUAGAAAAUAUAAUCGAUUAUGAAGAAAGAAAAAUAUCUUUGGAAUAUGCCGAUGAAUGUGGUUUGGAUGUCAUGAGUGUGGCCAGACAAGUUGUGGAAAAUAUAAGAAAAAGACCGGAGGAGGUGGACAAAUCUGGAAAUCUACAGCAAAAAAUAACGGAGACAGACAAAUUCAAAAUAUCAGCUAUAGAUUGGUUAAUAUUCUAUGAAAGUCAACGUAUCGAAGCUUUAGCACAAACCAAUGCCAUUAUUUUCAAUUUCUUAACAGUAGGAAAAUUAGAUGCUGCACAAUUGGCUUUCAAUAAAAUUCCUAGCGAUUCUGUCAAAACUAUUCAGUCAGAGAUUUCAGAAAGCAAUGAAGAGUUAAACCUAAUAGUAAAAGAAUACUUAAGUUACAAGGCCUAUUUAGAAGCUUACGAAACAUUUAACGAAUGGUUUAAACAAAUUAAAAACAAACCAAGCGAGCCAGAAAAAUUACCUGAAACCGCCCAUUUUCCGGAAAAAGUCGCACAUGAACAUAGGGUAUCCCAAUUUAAAGCUGAACUCGAAAGAUGGAAAUUAACAACUAAUCAUUUAGCUAAGUCUGCCAAAGGGCAUUUAUACAAUGUAUUACUCUUUCCUGAUGGUUGGUUAUCAGGAACAAAAGAUGCAGAGAGCUUAAGAAAAGUGAUACUACCUGAAGUCACUUUGUUGCUAUACUCAGUAUUAUCUGAGACAAAACUAUAUCAAGAAUGUGUUCAGUUAGCUGAUAUUUUAGCUACGGAAGCUCAUGGUCUAUAUAAGGAAUUCACGAAAGAUCAGCUUGGAAGUUUUUUGAUUAAAAUCGGAGAAAGUGCGGCACUAUUGACUGAAAUGGACAAAGACCCAUUUGGUAAUGAAAUAACGGCUUGAGUGGUAUUUUUUACGUUUAUUUUAGUGUUAUUUUUAUAAAUAAAUUAUUACAUUUUGUAAAA